GGCGGGAGGGCGGCGGGGCAGCGGGCAGUGAGGGGAGUGAGGCCUGGCGGCCCGGGGUGCAGCUUGAAUGGGACGGCCCCUAGCCCUGGACAGAGGCAGUGUCCAACUUGAUGCCGCCCUCCAGCUUCUCCGGCAUUCAGGGAGAUUGGGUCUUGCUAAUUCAGGGCCCCAGGCCCUGGGCCAGGCUCCAGAAGGGCAGAGGGGCAGUAGGUGGAGUCCAGGGCACAGAGCUGAGCAUACUUCCCAGCCCUGGAGGACUUCAUCAAGGACUGAAGAGGGGAAGGCUAUGGGUCCAGCUCCAAAGCAAGCCUGGCCCCCAUGGCCCCCUCUCCUGUUCCUGCUCCUCCUGUCUGGAGGCAGCUGUGGUGGGUGCCCUGCCGUGUGUGACUGUGCCUCCCAGCCCCGGGCAGUGCUCUGCCCCCUUCGGCGACUGGAGGCUGUGCCUGGGGGACUCCCGGCGGACACUGAGCUCCUGGACCUGAGUGGAAAUCGCCUGUGGGGGCUUCAGCGCGGAAUGCUCUCCCGCCUGGGCCUGCUCCAGGAACUGGACCUCAGCUACAACCAGCUGUCCACCCUUGAGCCUGGGGCCUUCUAUGGCCUCCAAAGCCUCCUGACCCUGAGGCUGCAGGGCAACCGGCUGCGAAUCAUGGGGCCCGGGGUCUUUUCAGGCCUGUCUGCCCUCACGCUGCUCGACCUCCGCCUCAACCACAUUGUCCUCUUCCUUGACGGAGCCUUUGGGGAGCUGGGCAGCCUCCGGCAGCUGGAGGUGGGGGACAACCACCUGGUGUUCGUGGCUCCAGGGGCGUUGGCAGGGCUGGCCCAGCUGAGCACCCUCACCCUGGAACGCUGCAACCUCAGCACAGUGCCCGGCCUGGCCCUGGCCCGCCUCCCGGCACUAGUGACCCUGAGGCUUCGAGAACUGGAUAUUGGGAGGCUGCCAGCUGGGGCACUACGGGGGCUGGGGCAGCUAAAGGAGCUGGAGAUCCACUCCUGGCCAUCUCUGGGGGCUCUGGAGCCUGGGAGCCUGGCUGGGCUCAAUCUCAGCAACCUGGCCAUCACCCGCUGCAAUCUGAGCGCAGUACCCUGCCAAGCGCUCCACCACCUGAGCUUCCUCAGGGUCCUGGAUCUGUCUCAGAACCCCAUCUCAGCCAUCCCCGCCCGAAGCCUCAGUCCCCUGGUGCGGCUGCAGGAGCUCCGGCUGGCGGGAGCGUGCCUCACCUCCAUUGCCACCCACGCCUUCCACGGCCUGACCGCUUUCCACCUCCUGGACGUGGCAGAUAAUGCCCUUCAGACGCUGGAGGAAACGGCCUUCCCUUCCCCAGACCAACUAGUCACCCUGCGGCUGUCGGGUAACCCCCUGACAUGUGACUGCCGCCUCCUCUGGCUGCUCCGGCUGCGCAGGCGCCUGGACUUCGGUGCGGCACCCCCUGCCUGUGCCAGCCCCCGGCACAUGCAGGGCAAGAGCCUGAGGGAGUUCUCAGACAUCCUGCCUCCAGGGCACUUCACUUGCCAACCGGCCCUGAUCCGAAAGUCUGGGCCGCGAUGGGUCAUCGCAGAGGAAGGGGGGCAGGCCGUUUUCUCCUGCUCCGGAGACGGAGACCCAGCGCCCACGGUCUCUUGGAGGAGGCCUCAGGGCCCUUGGCUGGGAAGGGCUGGGCGAGUGAGGGUCCUGGAGGAUGGGACACUGGAGAUCCGCUCAGUGCAGCUGCAGGACAGAGGGGCCUAUGUCUGCGUGGUCAGCAAUGUUGCUGGGAAUGACUCCCUGAGGACCUGGCUCGAAGUACUCCAAGUUGAACCACCAAAUGGCACUCUCUCUGACCCUAACAUCACCACGCCAGGGAUCCCAGGGCCCUUCUUCCUGGAUAGCAGAGGCGUAGCUAUGGUGCUAGCAGUUGGCUUCCUCCCCUUCCUCACCUCGGUGACCCUCUGCUUUGGCCUCAUUGCCCUCUGGAGCAAGGGCAAAGGCCGGGUCAAACAUCACAUGACCUUUGACUUUGUGGCACCUCGGCCCUCAGGGGAUAAGAACUCGGGGGGUAACCGGGUCACCGCCAAGCUCUUCUGACCUUUACUUCCACAUCGGAGCUCCAGCCAAGACAGCUUCGGAUACCAAAAGGGAAGAAAACCAAGGUUGCUUGAACCAGAACCUAGGCUCACCCCCGCCUGCAUCGUGCCAACAGCUAAUGACGCCUCUCAAGAAGGUCUGCCUCCCCCCUGCUUUUGCAGUUUGAGGAUGGGAGCAGAAGCUGUAGACCUGUAGUCAGUCUAGCCCUCCCCGCACCCCCCUCCACCAAGCAGGAAACAUCCCCAAGGCUCCAGUCUACUCGUUCACACACACUGACACCCUUUAACAACCAGUACCAAUUGCUAACCACAGCUACGAGAUUAUUGCAGAGGUGAGGCUGAGAAGCGCCGCUUGCUUCUCAACCAUGCAGUCUACCUCUCUUUUCUGGUCUCUUUUCUGCUCCUCCCCAGGAGCAAGGAACUAGGGCCAAGGAUCUCAGGCUCAGAAGAUGUGAGUGUACAAUGCAGGGGGGCGGGGCGGGGGGGAGACUGCACACUGGCUGUGUCUGCAUGAGGCCUCCAGCACCUGCCCCAUCUGUCACAUCAUUAAACUUGCUGCCAAAAGGCCA